AUGCCUUCGAUAGCUCAGAGAACACCCCUAGAGUUGGGCUGGUCGUUCAAGGGCACCCAAGAUGGCAACGAGGAUUGGAAGCCUGUUGCUCGUGUUCCAACGGUAGUGCACCAAGAUUUGAUGGACAAUGGCAUCCUUUCCGAUCCCUUUCGCGAUCUCAAAGAGAUUGAUGCCGAAUGGGUAGAAGAGAGAUCCUGGACCUACCGCACGACCUUUCCGGCUCCCAAAGAUGCAACGGGUGCAUCCGUGUACCUUUUGUUCGAUGGCCUCGACACCUUCGCCAAAGUUCAACUGAACAAUACCGUCAUUUUGGAGAGUGACAACAUGUUUCUCAGCCACCGGGUAGACAUCACCAAAUUUAUCAAGAGCGAGAAUACUCUCGUAAUCGACUUCGAUAGUGCCAUGCUUCGCGGGAGGGCACUCAAGAACGAGCAUCCGGAUCACAAAUUCGUGCUUUUUAAUGGAGAGGCCGGGCGUCUCGCAGUCCGAAAGGCCCAGUAUCAUUGGGGAUGGGACUGGGGUCCGAAGCUCAUGACUGCAGGUCCGUGGAGGCCGGUUCGGCUUGAAGUCUCUUGGGCAAACAUUAACGAUGCAUUUGUCAAGUACGAAUUAUCCCAGGAUCUGAAGGAGGCCAAUGGCGAUAUCAAAAUUGAUGUUGAAGGUGAAUUCGACGAAAUCCAUGCCUCAGUUCGCUUCCAGGACGAUAUAAUAUUUCAUAAGUCGGCAACAGCCUUGGAAUUUUGCGGAGCAGCAGCAUCCUUAGGAAGAAAGGUCAUGAUUCCCUUUACCAUCAAGAACCCCAAACUCUGGUUCCCUGUAGGGUAUGGAGGCCAGCCUCUGUACGAUGUUGACGUCUACAUCCUCAAGGACGGUCAGACUCUGGAUAGUUGGAGCAGGAAAACCGGUUUCCGACGAAGCGAGCUAGUCCAGGUUGACGACUCCCACGGCCAAUCCUUCUAUUUCAGGAUCAAUGGGAUUGAUGUGUUCUGCGGUGGAUCAUGCUGGAUCCCAGCCGAUAGUCUUCUCCCAAGGAUAACGGGCGACAAGUAUAGAAAGUGGCUGGAGUUGAUGGUGAAAGGAAAUCAGGUUAUGACCAGAGUCUGGGGUGGAGGGAUUUACGAAGAAGACGCCUUCUACGACGCGUGCGAUGAACUGGGCCUUCUAGUAUGGCAGGACUUCAUGUUCGCCUGUGGAAACUAUCCCGUUUGGCCAUCAUUCGUCGAUUCCAUCCGCGAAGAAGCCAAGCAAAACGUUCGUCGACUGCGACACCAUCCGUCCGUGGUAAUCUUCGCCGGAAACAACGAAGACUAUCAAGUUCAAGAGUCCGAGAAUUUAGAAUACAACUAUGAAGAUAAGGACCCUGAAUCAUGGCUCAAGUCGACGUAUCCAGCUCGAUACUAUUAUGAGCAUCUUUUGCCUCAGGUAGUUGCCCAGGAGAGUAGUGGAGUGGUAUAUUGGCCUGGUUCUCCAUUUUCUAAUGGGAAACCUACGCCUGAUCCAACCGUGGGCGAUCUCCACCAGUGGAACGUCUGGCACGGCAUGCAAAGAAAGUACCAAACUUUCAGCCAGUUAGGUGGUAGAUUCAAUAGCGAAUUCGGUAUGGAAGCAUUCCCGGCUCUGCAAACCAUCGAAUACUUUGUCACCAAUCGCGAUGAGCUUUUCCCACAAUCUCAGACUAUGGACUUCCACAACAAGGCAGAUGGUCAUGAGCGUCGCAUCGCGACAUAUCUAGUAGAGAACUUCCGUCCAAAGGAGGACCUCAAGUCACAUAUUUAUCUCACUCAGCUCUGCCAGGCCGAGGCCCUAUCUUACGCAUACCGUGGCUGGCGCCGUCAAUGGGGAGAAGAACGACAUUGCGGGGGGGUUCUUGUCUGGCAACUCAACGACUGCUGGCCCGGCACGUCGUGGUCCAUUGUCGACUACUUCCUUCGCAAAAAGCCGUCUUUCUAUGCCAUUGCCCGCACUCUUGAGCCUCUCGCGGUAGCAGUGGAGCGCGAGCAUCACGACUGGAGUGUUUGCCACGCCAGGCCGGCAAAGACAUCUUCGUUUGCCGUUUGGGUGGCCAGUAGCAAGCAAAUGGAAUCCAUGGUCGAUGUUGAGAUUCGCUUCAUCUCGGUGAAAAGGGGCAGCGACAUUAAAGGGAAGAUACUGCAGCGCAAGGUUUCGGUUCAAGCGAACAGCACUACGGAGAUCUUGUCGGGCAAUAUUGAUAACGUCAACGAAGAACCACAUGUCAUUGCUGUGCGGCUUUUUUUGAAUGGCACCUGUAUUUCUCGCAGUGUCGACUGGCCCCAGCCCUUGAAAUAUCUCGAUUUCUCCGAAAGGGGUGUCAAAGUUACGCUGUCUAACGGGGAGUGUCGUAUCACUGCAGAAAAGCCAACCAAAGGACUAGUGUUGGAGGAAGCUGAUGACAUCACCUUGAGCGAUAAUUGUGUUGAUGUCGUUCCUGGUGAUGAGAUUGUCAUCCAGGCCACCGGCACAGGGACCGUAGUAAACCCACCCAGCUAUAUAUACCUGGGUCAACCUUGA